AGCUUAUUUUCUUGCUUCUAAUUCCAUUCAAAAUUGUCUAAAUAAUAUUUAUUGUGUUUUCGAAAUCGCUCACAUCGGUACAUUUUCGCGUGGUACAGUAUUUUCUUUGUUUCUAAAUACAGUCACUCUAAACAGCUAAACUAGCAGCUAAGAUGAGUUUGAUGCGUGUGGGCAGCCGUGUGACGGCACUGGGACAGAAAAUUGGCGAAAAAAUCGUGCUGCCCGAGCGUUUCAAAGACACUUUUGUCGAGAAAUGGGUAAAAUACUGGAAGGGCCUGGUGCGCGACUACUCGGAGGUGGCCCUCGGUGUGGUCAAGGAAUCAUAUACCAAGCCCAAGAAGGCCCUUGCGUACGGCACCGGCAUUCUGUGUCUGUACCAAAUGGCCCAGCACAACCCCGACGAAGGCGUUUUCAUGACCCAGUUACGCCGUGAUAACAGCCGCAUGAUCAUGGUCCCGCCUGAACUACAAAAUCACGUUUCGGCGAAGCAUCUUCUAAUGCUGGAGCGCGCCAUCAACCAAAAGAAACUGCGCUUCCUCUCGCUGGGCAUCUGCACGCUGGUCUGGGUGGAUCUCUUUAGCGAGGAUGACUGCACAUAUCCAGCUAUCUGCGAGUUCACCAACGUCGGAUUCCUGAACUUCCACGAGCGCGUGAUCGACGUGGGUUUCUGGAACGAGUUCUGGCGCCUCAAGUGGAAGAUGCACAACUACGAUGUCAACUACCUGUGAUGGAGGGAGAGAGGGAGGACUGCAAUUGGAAUUGGAUUGCCGUUUCCUGGCCGACCUCUGCCUUAGUUAGCUUUAAUGUCAAAUUGUUCAUUGCUUUGUAGAACUGACUAAAUGAGCAAUAUAUAUAUGUAUGUUAUAA